AUGGCCCCCGACUCCGAGCAGCAUCAUCCCAGCACCAUGCGCCGAGCAGACUCGACCCGCUCGAAUGCCUCCUCCAGGUCCCUCCGCCCCGCCGGCGACAGCAAGCAGCAGGAGGACCUCAUCAACGCCCUCGAGGCCGAGGAGGAGCGCCUGGUCAACACGCUCACCCGCAAGCUCGAAAAGCUCCGCGCCGAGAAGGCUGAGCUCGAAAACGUCCUCGAAGCCGAAUCCGAGUCGCUCGUCCUGCGCCUCCAGCGACAGCUCUCCCUCCUCAUCACCCAGCAGCAGCAGCAGCAGGCCGCCCAGCCAGGCUCAGCCGCCGCCCCCCCAAACUCAGCCACCGCCCCCAACUCGCCCUCCGCAACCAUCGCCCCCAACCUCAAUGCGCUCAUCAACAACCCCCACCCCCUCAAUCCGUCCCCAGCCACCCUGAUCGAAGUCCUCAAAUCAGAAAACUCCAGCCUCCGCAACCGACUCGUCGACACCGAGCGCGAAUUCAUCAAGACCUCCCGCCAGAAUGAGAUGUACCGCAGCGAGCUCAUUGCGCUCAGACAACGUGCGGGCAUGUCGAUCGAUGACCUAAUUGGCGCGGCCCCAGCUGGCGAAGAGAACUAUCCGUCGGCGCGAGCGGCCCGCCGGCGAUCGCGGGGCACGAGCACCAGUGCGAACGGAAUCCCGAUCCCAGGGCUCACAGGGGCGGAGCACGUUGCCCGUCGGCCCCACCACGCCCCCUCCUUCUCCUCGGGGAGCGCCCAGCUCUCCUCCUUCGCCUCCUCGACCCCGAUGACCCCGAACUCGCUCGCCGGCGACUCCGCCAACCUGACCCUAUCCAACCCAGAGCCGACCAACCCCCCCUCCCCCUCCUCCAUAACAGCCCCGGAACCCUGCAACGCCUCCUCGGCUCACACCCACCUCCACAACGCAAGAGUCGCCGAGACCGGCAUCCUCGCCAGGUCCGGCACCCGACACACGCCCCCCGCCAGUCUCAGCCCGCUCAGAGCCUCCGGCGGCGCACCCGGCGGGCCCGAGAACCGCCAACACUUCAACCUCCACCACCAUCCUAACUAA